GAGCACCGCAUCACCACAACCGCGCAUUGCUCGUGCUCCUUCAAUCCGGUACACCCACUAAGAUGCUCGCUCUCUCACCCAUCUCCGCACCGGCACCACCCCUAAAGUACACCAAGCGCAGAGCCCCAAAGUGUCUCGGAGUCUACUCCACCCUAGCUGGGUUCCCUUCGUUCCUCCCCAAAGAAAUCGAAAAUAUCAAAGACCCGUUUGCUCGUACGCUCGCCACCAGAAUUGAGAGACUCCCCGUAUCUGUGAGCUUCUCGGAUAAUUGUAUAAUGAGUAGUUGCGUGAGACCAUUGAUACGGAGCGAGACAAGUCCAGUGGUUCUUCUCCAUGGUUUUGACAGCUCCUGUUUAGAAUGGAGAUACACGCAUCCAUUGCUCGAAGAAGCUGGUUUGGAGGCUUGGGCCGUGGACAUUCUUGGUUGGGGUUUCUCUGAUUUGGAAAGGCUUCCAAGUUGUGAUGUGACAUCCAAGCGCGAACACUUUUAUCAGCUUUGGAACUCCUACAUAAAAAAACCAAUGAUAUUGGUUGGACCAAGCCUAGGUGCUGCAGUUGCAAUUGACUUUGCAGUCAAUCAUCCAGAAGCUGUUGAAAAGCUGAUUUUAAUUGACGCAAGUGUAUAUGCAGAAGGCACAGGAAGUCUGGCAGAUUUACCCAGAAUAGUAGCAUAUGCCGGGGUAUAUUUAUUGAAGAGCAUCCCGUUGCGCUUAUACGCAAAUUUUUUGACCUUCACUGGCAUUUCGUUUAGUACCAGCUUAGAUUGGACUAAUGUGGGCCGGCUGCAUUGUCUAUUGCCUUGGUGGGAAGAUGCAACUGUGGAUUUUAUGAUCAGUGGGGGUUACAACGUUAGUUCACAGAUAAAGCAGGUAAAUCAGAAGACACUUAUCAUAUGGGGUGAGAAUGACCAGAUCGUUAGCAACAAACUUGGAGUGAGACUGCACUGUGAACUCCCUAAUGCAAUUAUACGGCAAUUACCAGAAUGUGGCCACCUUCCUCACGUGGAAAAGCCAAACUCAGUUGCAAAAUUGAUUCUAGAAUAUGUUCAGGAAGAUUGCUAUAAAGAGAUGGAAUGUGUUCACCAACAUUGAAGCUCCACUCUCAAUCUCUUGCAUAAAUGACAUAGAGAUGGCUGUGCUGUUCACCAGAUUCAAGGAUUUGGUAAUGUAAUUCUGGAACGAGCUAAUUUAAGGGCCAUUUUGUAGAGUUAUUUUUCUAAGUUUGAACCGUCUUUGUAUUAAUUUUCAUUUCGUUUUAUGGUUUGGUAGUGUCAUCUUUGUAUAUAUAUAUUGCUGGUUCUAGAAACUUGUUCGCCAUUGAUAUAUAGAUGUUAUCAGUCAUUGUACUCUUUAUGUUUUACCCAAGGACUUCUAAAGCAGUUUAACCCUUCACGUAACUGAA